AUGAGUUCCAACGUUAGUAUACCUCGUGGCGAUGUUCUUGCAAAACUGAACUUCUUCAAGGCCCCCCAGGACGGAUCUAACGCCGUCAAUAUCAAUGUCUCCCAUGGCCUUCCCGAACGCGGCUAUACAGACGAUACACGGCAGGUCGUUAUUCGUAAUCUGCGGGCCACGAAUCCAAGAUGGUGGAUCCGGACCGUGAUGGUGUCGCUCUGGUCCAGGCACUUCCUCCUUCAACUGAGCGGGACUUUGUCGAUGAUGACUCUCCGCAAGGUUGUCUUCUUCGACCAUAAUAUCCGUCGCGUCAAUAAAGAGGCGGCUCGAAAUCCGGUCACGAGGGUACACAUUGACCUAACCGCGACAUCCGUGAUCCAAAGAGUCAGGAAGCAUCUUCCAGAAGGGGCCGAUACGCUGCUGAAAGGCAGAUAUCGUAUCAUCAACAUCUGGAUGCCUUUCAAUAAUGGACCAGUGGAAUCUUGUUCCUUGGCUUUUGCUCCAUCGCCCAGCGUUGCAGAUGAGGACAUAGUUCCCAUUCACCACAAGUACCAUAAUGGGUAUACUGGACAGACAGCAGGUGUCAAGUUUAAUGGAAGGCAGACAUGGAGCUACCUGAGUGGAAUGACUUCAGACGAGGGCUUUUUAUUGCAUUGUUGUGAUGGCCAUGGCCUGAACGCAGAAGGGGCUCGAGGUGCGAGACUGGCGCAUACGGCUUUUGAAGAUCCGAGAUCUAGGCCAGACGCGGUACAGCGUGACAGCAUUGAAGUACGCGCAUUAGUGUUUGGACAGUAG